AUGAGCGGACAGCAAACGUCAUUAGGCUUUGCAGGCCUUGGGGCCAUGGGUUUUGGCACGGCUUCAAACCUUCUAAAGGCUGGCUUUCAAGUCAAUGGCUUCGAUGUCAAUCCAACUGCGCUAACAAACUUCAAAGAGCUUGGUGGUUCUACGUCUACAACUGCCGGUGAGGCUGGUGCUGGUCAGAGCUUGUUCCUAAUCAUGGUCGCAACACCCGCCCAGGUUGAUUCUGUCAUCUUCGGAGCCGAUGGGGUCAUGUUGGGCGGCAACAAAGAAGAUUUGGAUCAGGUCGACCUUGCACUACAGGCGAUUUCUUCCCCCGGUAGACUCUUCAGGUGUGGCCCUCUUGGAUCGGCCAGCACGGUCAAGAUGCUUAAUCAACACCUUGCAGGAGUACAUGUUGUGGCUGCUGCCGAGGUCAUUGCCUUCGCUAAGGCUCUUGGCCUCUCCUCCAGGGAGGCAUACGGUAUUCUGACCAAGAGCGAAGCUACGAGCUGGAUCAUGGGCGACCGAGGUCUUUCAAUGAUCAAUGCCGACUGGUCUCCUAAGUCUGCCGUCAGCAUCUUUACCAAAGACCUGUUGAAAUGGCAGGGAAUCGUCAAUGACACCGCCGAUGAGUUGUCCGUGCCUUGCCCUAUUGCUUCUGUUGCGAGAGAUGCCUUCCUUGAGCGCGCUGGUCGUGGUUUCGGCCGAGACGACGAUGCUAGUGUUGUAUGUAAUUACGAAGGCAUCACUGGCAAGCCCGUCGCUGAGCCUAAGGGCCAAGCUUCUCUACCCUCACCUCCUUCAGAGAGCCACGGCGAUGUCAAAGUGAUAUUUGUCAUUGAAGACAGUGAUGCCGAACUCCUCAGUCUUUUUACUGCCGCUGAAAACAAAGGGCUCAUCCACAUUUCGGAGACCUCGAGUGAUCUGGAUACCAGGCUUAGCGAGCUACCUCAAGGGAGCAUCGUCGGAGUUUCAGGCGUUGGAAGCGAGUUUUUGCAGAAGAUCAAGAUAAAGCACACUCAGCUACAGGUCUUUGACUACCAAACAUACCGAGCGUCGGAUUCUUCAGCUCUGCAGAUAAUCUUUAGCACAGAGAAUGAGAACGUUGUCUCGGCGAUUAAAGAAGCCCUCCCCCGACAGACCGCACCAACCAGAAUCUCUGGCCCUGUAGGGUCAGCAUCCUCUAUGUGGCUCGCCAUCCGCCUCGGUUCACUAGUUCAUCUCGUCGCAGCUGCUGAAGCGUUUAGCCUGGCAGUUGCAAAGGGGGUCUCAACAGAGCUCAUCUACAGUCUGAUCUCUGGGGCUGCGGGCUCCAGCGACCAGUUUAACCAAGAAUUCCCCAAGAUGAUGAAACGGGACUUCUCAAUUACGUCAAAUGUCAAUUCCACUUUUACGAAUGUGAUGAAAGACCUGGCCAUUCUUCAAAAGACAAUGAAUAAGAUCAAUUAUCCAGGCCGCUUGUUUGGAGCUGCUUAUCAGACGUUCAAGAGUGUCAACCGCACAUUAGAGGAUAAAGAAACUUCCGCCGUGGCAGUGAUAGAUUUUUGGACACCGAAAUCCCCCGCCUCAUAA